AUGGCUCCACGGGCCUACCCGACUCUAUCUCUCGAGUUCUUCUCCACGGUUCAAAUGCACGAGGAAGGGAAAUAUCUCACUGCUCGGCUCAAGGGCAAAGAAUACAAGAUAACCGACAAAGUGCUCAGCGACAUUUUCAAGAUGGAUAUCAAGGACCCCCGAGGCAGUCAGGCAGGGUUUAAGGCGGGUCCUCACUGGCCACUUUUAACCCCGGGUGUGACAUUUAUGGCGACUGGGGCAUCUCCCAGUUUCAUUUUGGAUGUGGCGCUCGACGUGGUCCACAAAUACAUUUGCCACACGAUUUUCGGCAAAAAGGAAUCGAACAAAGUCAGCGAGAAACAUUCGGUGUGCAUGCUUCAGUACCUCAAGAGAUCUCUUUUCGACAUUCGGAAUGAUGUGAGGCGUGGAGCGAACCUGGGACAUAUAGUGUCUGAGAUAGCGGCGCAUUUCAACGUCCAAACUGAUGAACCGUGUAUGCCGUCUGAGUGGGUCGGGAGACUGGAGCUCCACCAUGCCGAGUUCAUCAAAUCUGACCGCAUUGUUCCCGUCCAUAGGCGGACUUGUUACAUCAACUACAAGAAGGCGCUAGACGCCGCAGCCGCAGCCGCAGCCUCAGCCGCCACCGGCCCAUCCCACACGAUAGCUGGGACGUUAAGUGCCCCAUCUCAGACACCACUCCACACUACCGCCGACGAGGGUCCAGUCGCCGAUGACGAGCCUCAUCAGGAGCGGGCCAUUCCGAUGCUUAUUCCGGCGGGGCCCCUGUCUGGUUUUCCGAGUAUGAGGCUCGGAAUGAUGCCCGCUGGACUGCUUUCACUGAGCAGAACGACGCGCGUUGGACAUUGUUCGUAG